AUGGGGAAGCCCAGGCGGGGCCGCAGCUGCAGCAGCCGCAGCAGCGGCAGCAGCAGCACCCGUAGCGAGCACUGCAGCAGCAACAAAGACAGCAGCAGCAGCAGCAGCAGCAGCAGCAGCGAAUCAGAUGUAGAUAUUGUUGGAGUUGGAGUAGUGGCCCCUAAGGGAAACCGGGCCCCACGCCGUAGAAAGCUGCUGCAGCAGCAGCAGCAGCAGGACAAAGGGUCCGAGGGCGAAGUGAGCUGCUGCAGCAUCAGCAGCAGCAGCAGCAGCAAAACAAGCCCCGGUGUCUGUGAGCCCAGUGGCAGCGACAGCGAUGACUGUGUCUUGGUUGCUGUUGCUCAGCAGCAGCAGCAGCAGCAGCAGCAGCAGCAGCAGCAGCAGCGAAACGGGGGUGCAGCAUUCAGUGCGCUGCAGCAGCUGCUGCUUAGCCCAUACCUAGCAGCAACACUUCUUGCUUUGCUGCCUUCUGCUGCUGAUGUUCGGGGGUUGCUCGUAGCUGUGGGGUGCCCUGCUGCUGCUGCUGCUGCUGCAGCUUCUGCUGCUGCUGCUGCUGAUCGUGCUGCUGCUCCUCCGGCGGCUCAACAGCCGUCUCAAGAAGAAGAAGGAGCUGCUCGUGAUGCAGCAGCAGCAGCAGCAGCAGCAGCAGCAGCAGCAGCAACAGCAGCAGCAACAGCAGCGCUCUCAGCUGCGGCUUACAGAGAACUUUGUCUCAGGCGGCUCUCUUCAACCAGGGCCUCCAAUAAAUUUGCUGCUGCACUGCAGCAACAGCAGCAGCAGCAGCAGCAGGCAGUAGCAGCGAUAGCCAGCGCAGCAGCAACACCAGCAGCAGCAGCAGCAGCAGAUGCAGCAGCAGCAGCAGCAGCAGCAGCAGCAGCACAAGAGGGAGCAGUUCCGCCCGAGGCUGCAGCAGCAGCUUGGCGCCAAGUGUUUUGGGUGUAUGUCCACCCCAGGUAUUGCGACGCCUGCGGCAAGAAGGUGCGAGACUCUUCAGCAGCAGCAGCAGCAGCAGCAGCAGCAGCAGCGGCAGCAGCAGCAGCAGCAGCAGGUUCAGGAGACGCUGCAGAUCCCGUUGGUUCUGCUCCUCCAGCAGAAGGGGGGGCAGCAGCAGCAGCAGCAGCAGCAGCAGCAGCAGAGUCUGCAGCAGCAGCAGCAGGAGAGACAGCAGCAGCAGCAGCAGCAGCAGCAGUGACACUGUGCAGCAGCUGCUGCAGCAGUUUGCUGCCCCGCAAAGCAGCAGCUUUUAUUCUCCGGCGGCUGCGCUCUGACGAGCUGCUGCUGCAGCAUCACCUGCGGCGCCGCCUCCGCAGCAGCAGCAGCAGCAGCAGCAGCAGCAGCAGCAGGUUGCUUUGGCCGGAGCGGGCCGCAGCCCAAGCAGCAGCAGCAGCAACAGCAGCAGCAGCAGCAGCAGCAGCAGCCUGGUGCCUCGGGGGACUCUUUGCUGCUAAAGACUUGCUUUCGAAACUCCAAGCAGCACAUCUUGCUGCUGCUGGCAGCAUAAAGCGCCGUUUGCUGCAGGGCCUCAGCAGCAGCUUGCUGCAGAGCUGCGGCCCCCUCUUCGUGCGGCAGCACAUAGCAGCAGCAGUUGCUGCAGCAGAAGCUGCAGCAGCAGCUCCUGCUGCUGCUGCUGCUGCUGCUGCUGCUGCUCAGGAAGAGCCCCCAGGGGACCCCUUGGCUGCUCUCGCCUGCUUUGCUGCGGAAGCGCAGCAGGACGGAGCUGCAGCAGCAGCUACAGCAGCAGCAGCAGCAGCAGCAACAGCAGCAGCAGGAGCUGCUGCUGCAGCAGCAGAAGCUGCAGCAACAUCCCCAGAAGGGGCAUCGCCAGCAGCAGCAGCAGCAGGCGCAGAAGAAGCUCCCGCAGCGCCAGGCGCAGCAGCGCAGCAAACUGCAGCAGCAAGGGUUUCUGCUGCUGCUGCUGCUGCUGCUGCUGCAGGCAGCAGCUGCUGCAGCAGCGCAGCAAAGUCGACCCAGCGGGAAGGCCUUGGGGCUGCUGCUGUCUCCUUCUUUGCUGCAGCGCAGCAGCAAACAGCUCGAGGUGCUGCUGCUGUUGCUGUUGCCUUGAGGGGGCAGCAGCUGCUGCUGCGCGCUGUGGGGCCCAGCCGGCUGCAGCUGCUGUCGCUGCAGGCGCCUGCUGCAGCAGCAGCAGCAGCGGAGGCAGCAGCAAACGGGGGGACAGACGCUGCUGCUGCUGCUGCUGCUGCUGCUGCUGCUGCUGCAGCACUCUGCGACUUUAGCCGCGUUGAGCCUUUCCGCUGCAGCAGCCUCACAGCGCUCAUUGCCUGCUGCUUUGCUGCGCUGCUGCGGCCUUUGCUGCUGCUGCUGCACCGGGACGCAGCAGCAGCAGCAGAAGAGCAGCAGCAGCAGCCAGCAGCAGCAGCAGCAGCAGCAGCAGCAGCAGUUCCCCGCUUUGGGCUGCGCCUUGACGACUUCUUGUGUGCUGCUAUGACUGCCCAGAGGAUUGCCAAGAGGUUUUUCCGGCUGACAACGCAUGCAGACUUGGGGGCUUUGGAUAUAAUGUUUACAGAAUGGACUGCAGCAAGAAGUUUGCUGCUGCGGCGGUGGCUGCGGCAGCAGCAGCUCAAAGCUGCUGCUGCUGCUGCUCCCCGGCUGCAGCAGCUCGCAGGGGGCCCCCCGGGGGGCCCCCCCGGGGGGCCCCCCAGGAAGAAGCGACAAGUGGAGACGCAGCAGCAGCAGCAGCAGCAAGGAGAGGACGGCAGCAGCAGCCAGGGAGCUGUGCCCAGCAGCAGCAGCAGCAGCAGCAGCAGCAGCAGCAGCAGCAGCAGCGUGAGCGGGCGUUCCGUUGCUGCUGCUCUGCGCCGCAGCAAAGGAAAUAGGGGAAGUCGGCAGCUAGCUCAUCCGUCGGCGGUGGCAGCUCUUGCUGCUGCCCUCAGCAGCAGCAGCAGCAGCAGCAGCAGCAGCAGCAGCAGCAGCAGCAGCUCGGGCGCCACCGAGGCAACUGGAAGAGCAGCAGCAGCAGCAGCAGCAGCAGCAGCAGCAGCAGCAGCAGCUCAGGGCGGCGCGCGUGCGCGUCGCAGCAGCAAGGUCGGCGACGAUGAGUCUUCAGUAGCAGCAGCAGCAGCAGCAGCAGCAGCAGCAGCAGCAACGGGGGACAAAGCUGCUGUGACUUUGUACUCUGCUUUGCUGCUGGAAACUCUUUACUUUUUUUUGUUUGACGCGAAGACAGAAAAACCCCUGAGGCCCUAUUCAUCGUUCGGCGCCCGCGCGAUGGUCAGCCGCCUGUGGGGUCUUGCUGCAGACCCUCGAGAAGCUUCUUUGCUGUUUUCUCAAAAGCUGCUGGAGGACUUAGGGUUUGCUUUAGGAAAAGCGCAGCAGCAGCAGCAGCAGCAGCAGCAGCAGCAGCCGCAGCAGCAACUGCAGCAGCAGCCGCAGCAGCCGCAGCAGCAACUGCAGCAGCAGCCGCAGCAGCAGCAGCCGCAGCAGCAACUGCAGCAGCAGCCGCAGCAGCAGCAGCCGCAGCAGCAACUGCAGCAGCAGCCGCAGCAGCAGUCGCAGCAGCUGCUGCAGCUGCUGCAGCUGCCGGAGCAGCAGCCGCAGCAGCAGCAGCUGCUGCAGCUGGUGCACCUGAGGCACUCGCCGCUCUGCUGGCUCUAG